AACUGCAAAGUACACCCUCUACAGGAAACACCCUGUGUGAGUUAGAACAUGAUUCAAAAAACUUAAAUAUCAAAAAGUGGUGCUGGAAUUUAAUUGCGAUACUUUAAAAACCAAAUAGUGUAUGACGUGACAAAAUACAUGAAGAGUCGACUUUUGACCGGAAGAGAUAAGAACGCUUAACAUUGCAACAAAAUAUUAAUAUCCGAAACUUACCAAAGAUCUUAAAAUAUAUAAUAGUGGACCAUAAAAACGUAAUAUGUCGGAAAAACUGGAUGUAAUUAUAUUUGGGGCGUCAGGCUUUACUGGUAAAUACACUGUCUUUGAAGCAGCUAGUGUUUUACAAAACUAUCGCUGGGGCAUUGCUGGUCGUAAUCGGGAAAAAUUGGAAAAUGUUCUUAAAGAUAUGGGAGCAAAAGCGCAAAGAAAUCUAACGGAUAUUCCUAUUAUAUUAGCGGAUAUAGAUGACGAAGCCUCUCUGCUAGCUAUGGCCAAACGUUGUCGCGUACUGGUGAAUUGUUGUGGUCCAUACCGAUUUUUUGGCGAAGCUGUUGUGCGAGCGUGUCUCGAAGCUGGCACUCAUCAAGUAGAUGUUAGCGGUGAACCACAAUAUAUGGAAAAUAUGCAGCUGAAAUAUAAUAAGCAAGCAGAACAGCGGAAAGUAUACAUUAUUUCAGCUUGCGGCUUUGAUUCAAUACCGGCAGAUCUGGGUAUCGUCUUUAUUGAAAAGAAUUUUGACGGUGUUGUAAAUUCCGUAGAGAGCUACCUACAAACUCACACCAAAGGUGAAAAUUCUGGAGGUGCAGGUGUCCAUUACGGCACUUGGGAAAGCUUAGUUUAUGGGCUAGCACAUUCUCAUGAACUACGGGAAAUUCGCUCUAAAUUGUUCACUGAAAAAUUGCCAAAAUUUAAUCCAGUUCUGAAGCCUCGGCCCCUAAUUUUCCGAUCAGAGAUAGUUAACAGUGUUUGCCUUCCGUUUCCAGGAACAGAUCGAUCAGUUGUAAUGCGUUCCCAGCGCUUUCUUUACGAAAGUGAACAUAAACGCCCUAUUCAAAUGCACGCUUAUGUUGCUUUUAAAUCUUGGAUUGCAGCUAUUUUAGUUGCACUUGUAGGAGUCUCUUUGGGAAUAUUAACAAAAUUUUCAUUCGGUCGCAAGUUAUUACUUAAAUAUCCGAAAGUGUUCUCUUUAGGAUUUGCUUCCCACGAAGGUCCUUCUGAAGCUUUAAUGGAACGUGUAAGAUUUUCUUUUAUUAUGAGAGCGAUUGGGUGGCCGAGAUCGGACCGAUUGUCAGAACCAACUGACCAAUAUACGGAUCCUCCAUCAAAAACUUUAACAGUAAAAGUAUCAGGACCUAAUCCAGGAUAUGGUGCAACAUGCGUAGCAUUACUUAGUACGGCUGUAACCAUAUUAAAGGAAAGUGAUAAAAUGCCUGGAUCUGGUGGGGUUUUACCACCAGGAGCUGCUUUUGCAAAGACAAGUUUAAUAUCUGAAUUGGAAAAACAUGAGCAUGGUAUUAAGUUCGAGAUUUUGGCCAACAAGUGAAUGUACAUACAUAUGAACUAAUAAUCUAAACGUUUAAAAUAUUUAUCGUUACCAUUAUUAUUAUUGUUACAU